CUUCUUGGUCCGAAGCGUGCAAUACGGCGAAGCUUGUUCCUUGCCAGUGCGAGUCCUUGCCCUUUAGCGCUCGACAUGCUGCGCAUUCGCACUGUGUCGGGUGAACGACUCGUUGAUGUGAACUUGGCGAGCUUUCACGCAACGCUUCCUGAAGGGAUGUCUGCAGUUCGGGCACUGAAGCAGCACUUGCACAGCAUGUGUGGGCUGUCAAGGUUCAGGCAAAGGCUUAUUUUUCUGGAUGCUCAGGAUGAUGAGAAGAAUGAGAAGGAUGAUGCUGAUGAUGACGUGGUUCUAGAUGACGAGCACACGUUGAGACCCGGGGAAGCUCAGGUCGUACUUCUAAGCUUCUGCCAAUCAUCUAAAGCUCAAGUGGAAGCCCUUCUGGAUGCUGCAGAAAGCGGUCGGGCAGCAGCAGUGGAGAGUCUUCUGCAAAGGCCGCAAGAUCCAGAUUUAUGUUGUGAUUGGUCAAUGUUGACGGCACUAUUUGCGGCAUCCAAGAACGGCCAUCUGGAGGUUGUACGCCUUUUGCUGCAGGCCAAUGCGGACCAGGACAAGGCGAUUUUUGAUGGCUCCACCCCUUUGUACAAAGCA